AUGAGACUAUGUGUCGACUACCGUGCACUGAAUAAAAAGACCAGACACCCCAUCCCCAGGAUACAAGAAACCUCAGAUAACCUAGGGGGAAACUCCUGGUUCAGUACAUUAGAUCAAGGCAAAGCGUAUCAUCAAGGCUUUGUCAGCCCAGAUAGUCAACCAUUCACAGCAUUUGUGACGCCGUGGGGGCUUUACGAGUGGGUACGCAUCCCAUUCGGACUAACGAACGCGCCAGCUAGUUUCCAACGGUUCAUGGAAGGAUGCUUAGGGAAUUUACUUGACCAGAUAUGUAUUCCCUAUCUCGACGAUAUUAUUAUAUUUUCCAAAUCAUUCGAAGAGCAUGUUGAACACGUACGUCUAGUUCUGCAGAAACUGCAACAACAUGGUGUUAAACUGAAGCCAGGAAAAUGCAGGUUAUUCAAGCGUCAAGUAUCGUUUCUUGGGAGAAUUGUAUCAGGAAAGGGGUAUAACAUUGAUCCAAAAGCAACCGAAGCUGUUACCCUGUUAAAGAGCAAAAUACCGCGGACUGUCGGAGAGGUUCGAAGAGUAAUUGGGUUGUUAGGAGUAUACCGACGUCACAUCAAAGAUUUUUCGAAGAUUGCUAAACCCAUCUAUGAGCUGUUGGAAGGGAAAGUGAACACUAAUCAGAACUCCAGGAAGAAUGGGCAACUGCCAUCGAACCACCCUAUUCAGUGGUCUAUGAAACACCAGACGGCAUUAAAUACAUUGAUUGAUUGCGUCACCUCACCCCCGAUUCUAGCGUACCCUGAUUACAGUUCACCAUACGUUGUUCAUACAGAUGCUUCCCAGAACGGGCUGGGAGCCGUGUUAUAUCACGCAAGCUGA